AUGGCGCUCCUCAUUACCCCCUCUUCUGCGAUGGCAACAAUCACUGUGACUAAGACCCUAUAUGACAUCGUUUCAUUAACUACGUUAAGCACCAUCAUCAGCCAUAGUCUCACUGCAGAUAUCGCUGAUACUACACGAACCAUUUCCAUCAACGGCACAACAUCCACAUUUUCACCUUUUGCCUCUCUCACAAACAACUUAUCAAAUAUAACCACAUCAACAACCACAAAAACAGACCAUGCAUCGAAUCCUUGGUGUAUGACUUUGUUAACUGUGCCAGUAGUAUUACUUUUGGGUAUUAUCUGGGGCACGAUUCUCCACGUCUUCUCGGAAAAUGAAAGUCGAUGGAUUUAUUUCCUACGCUACGGCAUAAAUGCCGAUAUCAGAGCUGAGGAAGACAAGGCAUCCAAGGAAAGAAAACUAAGAGAAGCGGAGUUGAAAGAACAGUUUGAAGAACAGUUGAGGAGAUUAGAUGAAGAGCAAGCUGUAAACCGGAAAAAACUAGAUGAAGAGAAUGGUGCGUGGGACAAAAGAUACAAUGAUAUCAUUCAGAAAUCUGUCGAUUUCUCCCGCAUCGUUCGUUUUAAAUCCAGAGCUUUGAACUUUUCUUUGGAAAGGGAUGAGUUACACAUGAGCGAUGAUUAUGCUCGGUUCGAAGCUACAGACGGACAGAAAAAACUUACGGAUUUAGAGAUACUCAAGAUAUUGAUUCUCGAACAUGAAGAAAAGUAUGUCAGAGAAAUAGAAUGGUCGUUGAAGCAUCCAGUGGAGUUUCGAAGGCUUCAAAAAGAAUCAGGUUAUCUUAUUGAUCACACGUUCAAGGUAGAAAAACGGAUGCGAGUGGAAAGGAAUGACCCUGUAGCUGAUGAACGGGACAGGGUAGAGAUGUGUGAGAAGUUUGGAUGGGACCCAACCGAUCCCUUCUACAAACUACCCUAUACCCAAUAG